AUGGAUAGUGAUAAAUCUAUUGUCGAAGUUUCUAAUAACGCUAUUAAUGAUAACGAAUUUGUAAUGAGAAAUCCAACUUCAACGUCAUCAUCUUCAGAUCGAAUCUCAUCAAUUGAUGCAUCAUCGACACCUAAAAAACAGUCGAGACAACGAACAAAUACGCUUCGAAUCCUCAUUCAUGCUACAAUGCAAUUGCUCACAUCUCCUCCAUUAUCCCCUACUUUACCAAGUUCCCCUAGUGAAAGUAUAAGCUCUACUGAUUCAGAACAAUCUUCAUAUAUCUCGUUCCCUGAAUAUGAAGCAUUUAUUGAUGAACUUGACGAUAAUGUUCAAAAUGUUAGAGGAGAAUCGAUGGUGUUACAAAUGGAGGAAUUUGACGAGAUGUUGGUCAAUGGUGUGCAAGUUUUACGAUCAUCUAAUUAA